UUUUUUGACAGUCCUGUUAGCGCCAUCAAUAACACCAAGAAGAAGAUUUUGAAGUUAUAUUUGAUAUUCAAAGAAAAAUAUUUUAUUGCAAAAAUAAACUAAAAUACAUUAAUAUGGCUUUGUCAUUAAUGCUAAGGAAUGGCACAAAACUCCGAGGAAUUGCCGGACUGCAAAAAUGCACCUUCAACGUACAGAAAACACAAAACUUCACCCAGUUUUUAAACCAGGAUAAUUAUAAAACACUGUCUUUAGUUAACAAAUGCAAAACACAAUUUAUAAAUGUUGCACAGCAAUCUAAACGAAACAUGUCAGCAGAUCACGGAAAACUGUGGACAUUGGAGAAAAUCGUUUCCCUAGCACUUUUAGGCAUAGUUCCUGCGACUUUUCUUUUCUGUAAUCCACUUCUCGACGAUUUAUUUGCACUUGCAACAGUCAUACACUUUCAUUGGGGUCUAGAAGCAUGUGUUAUAGAUUAUAUUCGUCCCAUUAUUGUCGGACCUGUUUUACCAAAAAUAGCUCUACUUCUGCUUUACGUUAUAUCGGCCACUACAUUAGGAGGUCUCUUGUAUUUUAACCAUACCCAAAUUGGUAUUGGUCGGGCUUUCAGACAAUUCUGGUGCAUUUCAGAAUAAAAAUUUAUAAACUUAAUAAGUUUUGUGAAAAUAAAUUAUUUUAAAUUAUGUUGUAUUAUAUAAAAACUGUAAUAAAUAAAAAUUUAAAAAAAUCACAUUAAA